AUGGCCAGGCAGAUUACCCAAUACACCUCAAAGGUUUCAUCAGGAGAAGGCAAGAAACUCUGGUUUCAAGAAUGGAAAAUUUGGAAUCGUUCUGUCCUGUAUGGGGAGAUAGUUCAACCUCGAAUGCAGCUUUUUGUAGGCGGCCGAGACUCCUCGUUUGUUUGGGCGGCAGAGCGGGGAGGCACUCGGAGCUUCUCCAACGCCUCCCCGCCGCGGGGGCGGCGAACAUCGCGGCGCUCGGGGGCUGCGGGCACAGGUGGGACGCGGAGCCGCGGGAGCGUCACCGCCACCUCCUCCCUUCCUCCGCAGAGCCCGAGCCCGCGGGCGGCUCCGGCGGGAGCCGCAGAGCUCCGCGCUGGCGGAGGCCGCUGCGGUGAGCGCGGCCGGAGCGGGGGCGGCUCCGGCGGGGCCGGGGCGCGGACAGGUGGCAGUGUAGAAGCCAAGAACAAAAAUUGGCAGAAAUUGUGUUCUGUGUACAAGAAUAUGAAGAGUGUACUCAUGACUAAGCACAGGAACCUGGAAAACCACAGGCUUUAGUCAGGUGAUCCCUGAUGAGUAGCCAGCCCACCAAGAAGGGACUUGAGCACACAGGUAAGAGAGAAGCUAUGUACUCUUACAUGCAACUGGGGGGGUCUGGGGAAAAAGGUAAACAGCUCUAAAAUUGUUUGAAUAGUUAAAAAAAUCCUCCCUUGCUUGGAUGUGUAACACUGAUUGUCUCUUUCAAUGCUGCUACUUCUGCUAUUCAGCCUUAUUCUUGAUUUUUUUUUUAAUCUGUCUUUAAUUAGAAGCUUUAUUGCAAAAAAAAAAAAAAAAAAAAAAAGGAAAAUCCAAUUGUGUGGUGUUAAAUAUAGACCAGGGUAUUGCAUGAAUAUUGCAUUUUGUUACUUUUUGAAUAAAAUAACUUUCCAUAAUGCAAGGGUGUCAAACUCAUAUUUAGAGGGGAAUUCCCAAAUACUUGAACUAUGAGUCAUAAAAAGUUAAAGGACCAGUACAACAGUUCAGGAUAAAAACUCCGUUCUGCCUUGGGUGGCUGCUUUUGUACACUUUAGUAGUAAAAUGUGUCUUUAAAAAAACCCCAAAGAUUCACAAAGCUGAAGCUCUUUAAACUCUGCUGACCAUAACCUAAAAGAUAGGUGGGAGAGAUGAAACAGAUGACUGGGGAGGAGGAUUGUGCUCUUGGUUUCAUGCAUCUUUUCUUUCAUUGUGUCUAACAACCUGGUGAAUGAGUCUUCUGAUGUGCUGAGGAUGCUUCAAAGAGCUCUGGCUCCUUCAUUCCUGUUACAUAAUGUCUUAGCAAGAAAACAGACUGAAAACCAGUAAUAAGUGCACUUACUGUAAAUGAAAGAGUACAGAAUAAAAAUGCCUGGUGGGUGUGACAGAUAAAAGUGGGGUUUAACUGGUUUUAUGUGUGGCUGCCGUGCCACACUCUCUUCUCUUCAAACAUAACUGCGCAAAAUUUUCUUCCUUACUGUUGUUUUUCCUUACUAGAAGAGCUCAGAUACUCUGAAGUUCUGAAUUACUCCUGUUUGUUUAAAGAUGUGUUCAGAGUUUUUUAGGAUGGAAAAGGCAGGCAAGUGUUCCCAGUUCCCACCUGCAGCUCUGAAAAACUCCUCGUGGUCUAGGGUUGAAAACUUCAUUUUGAAAAUGUGUCAUACAAAUUUCCAUGUUUUACUGGUGGCAUUGCUUUUGCACUCUAAUUUGCAGUAUUUAAAUAAAAACUGUUUGAGCCAUACCUUUUUCUAAGAGGCUGGUGCUAUAUAUACACAAGAAUAAUAAAGAUGGGUGACUUUCCAAUUUUUUGUUUAAUUUAAUGAUGUUUCUCUUUUUCUCAUUGUUAAAAAGUCUUUACUUGUGGCAAGCUGGCUGUGGGAUGUUGGUAUUGUCUUGUAACAACAACUGGGUCUUAGAUGCUCAGAUAUCCUGAGGUUUGAUCUGGAGGAGACCCUAAAAUGGGGUUGUGGGAUAGUUGGAGGAGCAUUUCUGUUGGCUUAAGGAACCUUUAUCGUGUGCA